CAAAGAAGAAGAGGGCGAGGGGAAGAGGGAGCGCGCGAGGGGGGAGCGGCGCUGUCAGACUUCGGGGCGGGCUCUCCCUCCCUCCCCCCUCCCUCCUCUCCCCUCCCUCCGAGGUGUACCGCCUCCACACGGGCUCCCUCCGAGGCAAGCGGGUCUUUCCAAAGAGGCCAGCCAAGGAGAGAAGGGAGGAAGGAAGGAAGGAAGGAAGGAAGGGCUGCCUGCUUGCCCGCCCGCCCGCCCGCCCGCUCUCCUGCCGAUGGUUGGCCACCAGGGCUGGGGACUUCCCUUCCUGGCGGCGUCACUCGGGAGCCGCCGAGGCGUGCCGGGUCUUCCUCGGGAGCGCUCCCGCUUCUCCUCCUUCUGCUCCUUCUGCUGGAUGCUGGGCGCGCAGGAGAGCAGGCAGAGGCAGCGGCGCCGGGAUGGGCGCUGAGCAGCAGCAGCAGGAGCAGCAGGUGCCUGCUCCCUUCGGGUUCUUGCCUUCCUCCUGCUUCUCCCCCUUCUCCUUCUCCUUCUUGGUGUGCCUGGUGCUGGUGGUGUGCCUGCCGGGCGCGGGGCGGGGCCUGUCGGUGCGGAGCCGCUUCCCCUCGCCCACCUUGACCAACAACUUCGCCCUGGACGCCUCGGGCGGGCGGCUCUACUUGGCGUCGGUGAACCGCCUCUUCCAGCUCUCGGCGCCCAACCUGACGCUGGAGGCGGAGGCGGAGGAGGGCCCGCGCGAGGACAGCCCGCUCUGCCACGCGCCCCAGCUGCCCCAGGCCUCCUGCGAGCACCGCAAGCGCCCCACCGACAACUACAACAAGCUCCUGGCGCCCGACCCGGAGCAGGGCCUCCUCGUGGUCUGUGGCUCCGUCUACCAGGGCUUCUGCACGCUGCGCCGCCUCGACAACGUCUCCGCCCUGGCCGUGGCCUUCCCUCCCAGCGGGGGCGGGGGCGCGGAUGGCGCUGGGGGCGGCGGGGGCCCCGUGGCGGUCUUCCCCAGCAUGCUGAACGUGGCGGCCAACCACGCGGAGGCCUCGACGGUGGGGCUGGUGCUGCGCGGGCGGGCGACGCGUCUGCUUGUGGGCGCCACCUACACGGGCCUGGGCAGCCCCUUCUUCCCGCGCAACGCCUCCCUGGAGGACCACCGCUUCGAGAACACGCCCGAGAUCGCCAUCCGCGCCCUCGACGCCCGCGGGGACCUCUCCCGCCUCUUCACCUUCGACAUCAACCCCUCCGACGACAACAUCUUCAAGAUUAAGCAGGGCGCCAAGGAGCGGCACAAGCUCACCUUCGUCCGCGCCUUCCUCCACGCCGGGACCGCGCGCGGCGCCAAAGCCCCGGGGGCCGCCCCUCCCGCCGCCCCUCCCGCCGCCGCCGCCUACGCCUACCUGGCCCUCAACAGCGAGGCCAACGCGCGCGAGAAGGAGAGCCACUCGCACAGCCUCUUGGCGCGCAUCUGCCUGGGCGAGGCGGGAGAGGGCGGCGCGCCCAACGGGAGCACCGCCGGCGGGGAGACCAAGAAGUUGACCGAGUCCUACAUCCAGGUGGGCCUCCAGUGCGCCGCCCCCGCCCCCCAGGGAGAGCUCUACAACCGCCUCGUCUCCGUCUUCCCCGCCCGCGCCGCCUCCCCGCCCCAGGAGCUGCUCUUCGGCGUCUUCGAAAAGGCCCCCGCCUCCCCGCCCGCCCCCGGCGCCCCCCGCCCGCCCCCGCCCGCGGCCCUCUGCGCCUUCCGCUUCGCCGAGGUGGAGGAGGCCAUCCGCCAGGCCAGGAACUCCUGCUUCGUGGCCCCCGACGCCCGCCUCGUCACCGUCCUCGACAGCGUCGUCCAGGGCACCGGCCCCGCCUGCGAGCGGAGGAAGAUCCAGUUGCAACCAGAACAGUUGGAUUGUGGUGCGGCCCAUCUCCAGCAUCCCCUGUCGAUCUUGCAGCCUAUCAAAGCCAGACCAAUGUUCACUUCACCUGGAUUGACUUCAGUGGCAGUUUCUAGCAUCAACAAUUACACAGUUGUGUUUCUGGGAACAGCCAAUGGGAGACUGCUUAAGAUAAACUUCAACAGCUUUAUGGAUGUGAUGAGCAGAGAAUCAAUUACUGUUGCUUUUGGUGAGCCUGUCCACCCCAUCAUGCAGUUUGAUCCUUCUGAUUCUAGUUAUCUGUAUUUAAUGACAUCUCAUCAGAUCGCCCGCGUGAAAGUAGCUACCUGUGAUCAAUAUACUAUAUGUACCGAUUGUUUGGCUGCAGCUGAUGCUUACUGUGGAUGGUGCACCUUGGAGACCAGAUGUUCAUUGCAACAUGAGUGUGCUCAUUCUGAUGAACCCUAUUACUGGAUAAGUACCAGUGGAGGAGUACAGCAAUGUCCUUCAAUGACCAUUAUACCUUCAGAAAUAAACAUUGAGAAGGAAAACACGGCCAUGAUUAUUCAAAUGAAUGGGAGUAUUCCAAGUCUGAGCGGAAUGAAGAUGUCUUGUGACUAUGGAAAUAAUAUCGAAACUGUAGCUAAAGUUCUUUCACAAUCUUUGAACCAAUAUGUUUACUGCAAUUUUCUUCCCAGAGAAAAAUAUCCAGCCUUCCCAGCCAAUCAAGACCAUGUGAUUGUUCAAACAUCUGUAAAGGUUAAUGGCAAAAAUAUUGUGUGGGCCAAUUUCACCAUCUACGACUGCAAGAGAACUGGAAACAUUUAUGCCAAAACAGCGUGCAUUAGCUGUUUCUCAGCUAAAUGGAAGUGUCACUGGUGUACUAGGAAAUAUACCUGUGUCUCCAAUGCAACUGAAUGUGAGGAUUCGGUACAAAUGACUAACAGCACCGAUUGUCCACAGAUUGUGCCUGCCCCUCUUGCUCCUGUGUCAACCGGGGCUUCCCAGGACAUUGCCAUCACCUUGAUGAAUGCAGCUUUUAUAAAGGAUAUUCCUUUGGAAUGCCACUUUGAAACCGACAGGAUAUUUGAGGCCCAUUGGGUGAAUGCAUCUGCUGUUCUGUGCAGCAAUGUGCAGCUUCACACUUCAGACAAAAGCCACCUCUUUCCUGUGAACCUUCGACUAAAGGAAAAACCUGGUCGAUUUAUUGAUAGUCCCCAAAUGAUGACAGUGGAGAUUUAUAAUUGCGCGACUGGAAGUGCUGACUGUUCUCAGUGUCUUGGGAGAGAAGAUCUGGGUCAUCAGUGCAUUUGGAGUGACAGUAGUUCCAGCUGCAGACUAAACACAGAGGUCCUCCAGAUCCCAGGACCAUGCCCUCCUCCUGAGAUUAGGAAGAUUGAACCCUUGAACGGACCCUUGGAAGGAGGCACCUUGGUUACAAUACGAGGAAGAAAUCUAGGCCGUAGAUUCAGUGAUAUCGCUAAUGCUGUCAUAAUAGGUAACGUGAAAUGCACGCCACUCCAAGAAAGAUACAUCGUCUCUGAAGAAAUUGUAUGCUGGACUGGAGAAGCUGUAGCAGAAUUUUCUGAUGUGGUGACAGUUAAUCUAAGCAAAGAAGGAAAAUCCAGAGAACGGUACUCUUAUGUGCUUCCAGUAGUGAAGUUUAUAUCUCCAUCUGCUGGUCCUAAAGCAGGAGGAACUAAAGUAACCAUCACAGGAAGUAACCUCGGUGUUGGGUCUGAGCUCCGGGUUUUGGUUAAUGGCACAAAAGAAUGUACAGACCUCAGCCGAACUGACACCACCAUCACGUGCACCAUGCCAAGUGUGGAAUUUACUGCCACCGCAAGCGUCUGUGUCCAGUUUGAAAAUAAGUCUUGCAUUGGUGACAACAACAAUUUCAACUAUGAGAAAAAUCCAAGUAUAAUGGAUAUCAACCCCAAAAAGAGUCAGAUCAGUGGAGGCAGAAUCAUCACUGUGGAAGGAAAUGGAUUUUUGAUGGCUCAGAAUGUGUCUAUGGUUGUUCACACUAUUGGUAAAGAACCAACGAACUGUAAGGUUCACUCCGACACUGUGAUUACCUGCCCCUCUCCAGCUGCCUCCAAUCUCACUGGGAGCAAGCCAGCUUCAGUGGACUUCUACAUCAAUGGGCGCUUGUAUACAGACGACCACCAUUUCCCAUUUGACCAUUACGAGGAGCCUGUGCACAUUAGCAAGUUCCACUUGGAGUACUACCCAGACCCCCAGUUCUUCACAGCCAAGAAGGAGAAGUGGAUCAAACAUCACCCUGGAGAGCCCUUGACUCUAGUCAUACAUAAAGAACCGGACAACCUUGGCCUGGAAAGCAAUGAAUAUGAGGUUAAAAUUGGUCUGAUUUCCUGUGAGAUCCAGAUAGUUUCAGACAAAGUCAUUCAUUGCUCAGUCAAUGAAUCUCUGAGCACCUCAGAAAGACAGCUUCCUGUGACGAUCCAAGUUGGAAAAUUCAAUCAAACAAUUGCUAUGCUGCACCUUGGAGGAAGUGAGACAGCUAUCACAGUUUCCAUAGUCGUCUGCAGUAUCUUACUUCUGCUGUCUGUCGUAGCUCUCUUUGUGUUUUGCACCAAGAGCCGCAGGGCCGAGCGUUAUUGGCAAAAAACUCUGCUCCAGAUGGAAGAGAUGGAAUCCCAAAUCAGGGAAGAAAUCCGCAAAGGUUUUGCUGAACUUCAAACAGAUAUGACAGACUUGACCAAGGAGCUAAAUCGCAGCCAAGGGAUUCCAUUCCUGGAAUACAAAUACUUUGUGACACGGACUUUCUUUCCCAAAUGUUCUUCACUCUAUGAAGAGCGUUACAUUCUGCCUUCUCAGCACCUCAGUUCCCAGAUGGGGUCACAGGUUCAAGAAACUCACCCAUUGCUCUUGGGGGAAUGGAAAAUACCUGAAAACUGUAGACCCAAUAUGGAAGAAGGAAUUGCAUUGUUCUCCACUUUACUCAACAACAAGCACUUUCUCAUUGUUUUUGUCCAUGCCCUUGAGCAACAGAAAGAUUUUGCUGUUAGAGACAGAUGCAACCUAGCCUCUUUGCUUACCAUUGCGCUGCAUGGGAAACUGGAGUACUAUACCAGCAUCAUGAAGGACCUCUUAGUGGAUCUCAUUGAUGCCUCUGCCUCUAAAAAUCCCAAACUCAUGCUGAGGAGGACAGAGUCUGUGGUUGAGAAGAUGCUGACCAACUGGAUGUCCAUCUGCAUGUACAGCUUUCUCAGAGAAACAGUUGGGGAACCCUUCUUCCUCCUGCUCUGUGCCAUCAAACAACAGAUCAAUAAAGGAUCGAUAGAUGCCAUCACAGGAAAAGCCAGGUACACACUGAAUGAAGAAUGGCUUUUGAGAGAGAACAUUGAAGCAAAGCCAAGGAAUCUUAAUGUGUCUUUCCAAGGCUGUGGGAUGGACUCCUUGAGUGUUCGAGUCAUGGAUACAGACACUCUCAGCCAAGUUAAAGAAAAGAUACUUGAAGCCUUUUGCAAGAAUAUUCCAUAUUCCCAAUGGCCAAGGGUAGAAGACGUUGAUCUAGAAUGGUUUGCCACAAGCACUGACAGCUACAUCCUUCGGGACCUCGAUGACACUUCAGUGAUGGAAGAUGGCAGGAAGAAACUGAACACGUUAGCACAUUAUAAGAUUCCUGAUGGUGCCUCCCUAGCUAUGAGUUUAACUGAUAAUAAAGAUACCACUUUAAGUAGAGUGAAAGAUUUGGACACUGAAAAAUACUUUCAUUUGGUCCUUCCCACAGAUGAGUUGAAUGAAAAUAAAAGAUCUCAUCGGCAGAGUCAUAGGAAAAAAGUCCUUCCUGAAAUCUACUUGACCAGAUUGCUGUCCACAAAGGGCACACUGCAAAAAUUCCUGGACGACCUAUUCAAAGCCAUUCUGAGCUUCCGAGAUGAGAAGCCACCUGUGGCUAUCAAGUAUUUCUUUGAUUUCCUGGAAGAACAAGCAGAGAAACGAGGAAUCUCUGACCCAGACACAUUGCACAUUUGGAAAACGAACAGCCUACCUCUGAGGUUUUGGGUCAACAUUCUGAAGAACCCCCAAUUCGUCUUUGAUAUUGACAAAACUGACCACAUAGAUGCCUGUCUUUCUGUAAUCGCCCAGGCCUUUAUUGAUGCCUGCUCCAUCUCAGAUCUGCAGUUGGGAAAGGACUCCCCUACAAAUAAACUAUUAUAUGCCAAGGAAAUUCCUGAAUAUAGAAAAAUAGUUCAGAAGUAUUACAAACAGAUCCGUGACAUGCCACCUCUCAGUGAACAGGAAAUGAAUGCACACCUAGCAGAGGAGUCUCGGAAAUAUCGAAAUGAGUUUAACACCAAUGUUGCCAUGACUGAAAUUUACAAAUAUGCCAAGAGAUACCGCAAUCAGAUUGUGAGUGCGUUGGACUCUAAUCCCACAACACGGCGUACACAGCUGCAGCACAAAUUUGAGCAAGUGAUUGCACUUAUGGAAGACAACAUAUAUGAGUGCUGCAGCGAAGCAUAGGUGGCAAGCUGGACUUAUUUCUUCUCCCAUGUCUAGAAGUGACCUUCUCUAAAGUGCACUGUCUUAUGAGAAACACCCUUUCAAAGUAGCUGUGUGUCAAUAUGUAUCCUAUUGUAUGUAUAUGGUGACUAAGAAACCAACUUGAUGGUGAGUUUGGCCAGUCUCCGUGAGCCACCAGGUAAAGUGAAGGUUGCCCACCCAACAGCCUUGCAUCCUUUAUGUGAUCCGCACUGCAUGGCACCCAUGACGUAUUUGGUCUUUAAGACAGGGGCGUGAUAAUUGGGCCGCCAAAUGUAAUCAUUGAGCUCUGACUCUGAUUCGAACUGGUGGUCUUUUCCCUCAUUCAUUCUCCCAGAGAGACUGCUGUAAAGCAGAUAUCAGGAUAUGGAAAUAAUGCAGAGGUGGUUAAGAGAAAAGCAGAAGCACCUCGAGGAACAAUGAAUGGGGUUUCACAAUGCCCUUGGGGCAACAGCGGAGCUCCCUCAAACAGUGCCCCUCUUCCUUCUGUGUACUUUAAAUAUCAGGGAACCCAUUUACUGUACACAGUCUGCUGCAUUAGAUGUAUUUUGUGCCUUUUAUUUUUGUACUGUACAUGUUAAACAUAACCACACCUUCAUCCGAGGUUGGAAAAAGAGGUGGGAACCCACAGACAAUGUACUUGCUUCCUAAGUAGUCAUGACAUGUGAAAGCACUUUACCCCCAUGACGGAAAUGGCUGUUACCUUGCUGGAGGGAUCGUUAUUGUAUAGCAGACAAUGUCGGCGAAAGAACAAGUCGGUGCAGCUGUUCCCACUUCCCAAA